AUGAGUACAUACACAUGGUAGCAAGUUGGAUAAAAUCAAAAAAAUGGAUGGCUUGUUAUAGAUGGGGUAAUUUAUGACCCAACUCCAUAUCUUAAUGAACAUCCAGGCGGUCCUGCAGUUUUAUAAAAUCGCUUUGGGAAAGAUGCCACAAGAGACUUUAACGAAACAGGUGAGGAAUUUAAUAAUAAUGUAGGUCAUACAUCUGGAGCUCGUUAAAUAUUGGAGAAGUACAAAAUUGGUACAGUAGAUAAGAAUUCUCCAUAAGAGUAAUGGUAAGCAGGAGGAGGCACACCAGCUAAUGCUUAAUAAUUUGCAUUUUUAAUUGUUGCAAUUGUCAUAGUAUUUAUAUUGUGGAAUGUUUUUGCAAAAUGA